CAGAUGUCGAAACCUGAUCAUUAGGACACAGUAAAAGGACCAAAAUGACGAUGAUAUGGCUUUAUAUGCUGUUCUUAAGCUCAGUGAACAGCCAGGGUGAAAUCAAAGUGAAAGGAUUUGCAGGAGGCGGCAUCAUCAUUAAAUGUACCUUCAAGAAUUUACAAAACAACAAAGAUAAAUAUUUCUGUAAGGAUGCAAAGACAACUCUAAACAUAUGUCCAUAUGAGAAAAUGUCCACUGGAAAAGACAAAAGAUACUUUGAGUAUUACAACACCAACAGUGGGACAUUACAAGUUCACAUCAAAAACCUCACUGAGGAAGAUGCUGGGCAGUACCAAUGUGGAGCUGUCAAUGGUGAGCACAUCCAAGUGACCCUGACAGUCAAAAAAGAUGACUGCUGUGUUCAGCCCAUCUCAAAGACUGCUCAAUUGAGAAGCAGUGUUGACAUAAGAUGCAGCUAUCCAAAGGAGUCUGAAAGCAACAGCAAACACUUCUGCAAACUGAGCCCUGAGUCCAUGUGUGCAGACCUGAUAGCAUCCAAAACAGAUGAGACCAGGGGAAGGUUCUCCAUUGUCCAUGAUAGAGACCAGAGGCUCUUCACCGUGACGAUCAGAGAUCUGACCAGGACUGACUCCGGGGUUUACUGGUGUGGGGUCAGGACUGGGGCCAUGAGUAGAAGCAUGGCUCUGAUCACAGAGGUCAAUCUACAGGUCAAACAUGAAAUUACAGGUCAAGAGCCACCGCCUUCAAACCCACCAUCAACUUCAGCAGCAACACCAGGAUCAGCUAGUAGUCAGCCUAUGAUUGCAGCUGUGAGUGGGGGUGUAGCUGUGAUGGUGUUGACCCUUGCUGUGUUCAUGCACUUCAAAUGCUGGCGUGCAAAAGCAUCAGAGCCAGCCUCCUCCUCCAGCACGGACUCCUGUAGAGAGACAGGAAACAAGAGAGCACCCCAGGUGGACUGUGUGUAUGAGGAGAUCCAGGACAGCAGCAGUCCAGAGGGCAGCUCGCCUGUGGCGGAGGGUGUGUACACUCUCGCCCAUGCCCCCGCUGAGCCCUCGGACGACCCCGGGUACGCCACCGUCAGCUUCAACAGGAACCCCGACCGUCACGCUGAGGCCGCCUCUACUGCCAUGUCCAGGAGAGUUGAGAUGGCAUCAGACUAUGCCACUGUUAAGUAAAAGCCUUGUGAAUGAUGAUGAGUGUUUAUUAUUUUGUUUAGUACUCAUUGUUAUUAGAUACACACAACAUAACAUCUGUAGACAUGCUACUGCUAUGGAUUUGGCGAUUCUUUUAUAUUUUGUAUUUUAUUGUAUAUGAAACAUUCAGGGCAAUUCCGUGUGCACUGGAUUGUGUGUUCACCACAUCUUGAGAUGUAGUGUAUGCAUUUAAAUGGUUUGUCUGUUAGUUUGACAAAUUAUGUUUAUGUGAGGCUUUGAUUCCCCUAGUGGCCAAAGAUGGUAACUGUAAGUGUAAGAUGACAGAAUUAUUCCGCCUCAUUCACCUGGAGGCCAU